GCAGGCAGUCUACUUCGAACAAAUUUAGACUCUUUUUUAAAUAUACUUUUUGAUAUAUUCCUGCACACAGUGUUUUCUUUCUUUUUUGGCAAAUAACUAUUUCUUAUAUGUUUGUUCUGAAUAUAGUCAUUAUCUAUUUAAAGUUUGAUUCUGGCCUCUUUUAUUUCUCACAGCAGGUUCAUGUUGUUGCUUAGGCAUGCCCAUGGAAUUUAUAGUCCAGCUGAAUGAAUAUGUAUCGACUAUUCAAACCAAAUGCAAUUUUUUAAAAUGACUUUAAUUACUCUUCAAUGACUCUGAGCAUACUUAAAGGCCGACAGACUAAAGAAUGUUCUCAGUUUGUUGGUGCACAGAGCAGAGGAGCUCCACAAUGCCGUUUUCAAGCUUAUUCUGCCAUCUGCUGCUAAAAAACGGCACUGGCUCACUGAGGAUCAUGGAAGUGAGAGGAAACCAAACAGAAGAGAUGUUAUAAAGUGUUUUUGGUCGUGUUAUUGUGACCUUUCAGAAUAUUUCGAGUACUGUAUUCUACUCUGAUAUUGUGAUAGACUUCAUAAUGGACAGUGCAGAAUCAAUUUUGAGCAGAAUUGAAGAAAAUUGCUUUGAAAUUAAUCUGUUUUCAUAAAACUUAACUUAAAAACUUCAUCUUAACUUUCGAUGUGAAUCUUAACUAAACUCUAAAGUCUAAUUUUUUCUUAGGUGUACUUUCACGGGGAAUAAAAUCAUGGAAAAAAGGAAAAAAAUAGCAUUGUCUUUCCCUGGUCUUACCAGCAGAUGGCUCCCUUUCACAUCUGUUAAUACCCAUCCCCCGUCUACCAGCUGAUCCGCUAUAAGCCAAUGAUCGCGCUGGAUUAGUGUAGCCAUGGAUACGGGCGAGGCUUUCAGUAGCGGUAGGCUAAGUUAAGGGUCUGCGCUUCUGGAAAAACAUGCCUCAUUCUUUGAGCCAGGUAGUUUUGGAGUAUCGUCCAGUCCGUAUGUUACAUUUCAGUACACGACUUUCUACCAAGAGGACGUAGCUAAAUAUAUUUAGCCGCUGGUGCUGGUUUGUUGAGCUCUGAAACGAGCCGGGAGAGGAGGAGAAAGCCCGGCUUUAAACAGUAAACAGGCCGUCGUUUGCUAGCCAGAAGGAAAGUCAUGGGAAAAGAAUAAUUACUGUCCAAAAGAGUUUAUUCUCUUAUAAAAUCUUCUAGUUUUCUCAACAUCCGAAUGGCCUCUAACCCCUAUGACGAGGUUCAACUCAGCAAGAAACACGAGGAGAUUUUGGGGAGGAGAGCUCUUUUACUGCAACAGAUGGAGAUUUGCUAUGAACAGCAGAAAGCCAAGAAAAAGCAGCAGGGCAUGAUGUCUGAAGCGGCACAUGAAAGGAACAUGAAAUUAUUGGAGGAUUUCCAGAAAGUAGAAAACUGUCUUCGAACACGACCGCUCCUGCAUCCUGAUGUCCUUAACCUUCAGACUCGUUACUGGGCCUCUGUGGAACGGGACCUUCCGGAAUGGGAAAGCUACUUGCUGGGGAAGGGUCCAGCACCCAUGACUGAAGCGGGGCAAUUGCGAGGACCCCAGGGACAGAAAGGUACUCGGCAAGACUCCUCGCCUGCACGGAACAAGGGCAAGCCCCCUCGGCCCAAACCCAGAGCUCAUGUCUUGGCCAGUUGACUGCAUUCAGGAUGAGUGGAAAAUAAAGAAAUUUGUAUUUUUCUCCAAGCUAUUCCUUUAAGGUUUAUCGAUGCACCUAUGCCAUUUGUAGUAGUUUCCUGAUGCAAAGCAAUAAUACAUAUACAUACUUUUUUAUUAUUCAUAGAACUUGUUUAUUAUUCAUUUUUUCAUAUAAUUUAGUUUCAAUUGUGACUUUAGAGAUACUUUAAAUAGUGAACUACUUGCUGGUGAGUUUAUUAAACUCUGUGUCUGUUGCUCAUGCCUUAUGUAGCGUGCUCUUAUUCUAAAACAUGGUGGGGAGCUCCAGCUCUCUUGCACAGUUUGGUGAUUCUCCUGUUCUGACACACCGGAUUAAACUCAUCAGUUAUUACUGGCUUCAUUUGGUGUGCAAGAACAAGGAAAUCACCAAACUGUGCUGGACUCCGGCCUUCAGUUCCCCACCUCUGCUCUGAAAUCUCGAGGACUGUUUUGGCAGUUCUGUGAAAUGUCAGGAAGCAUGUAUUUCCUGUUAAUUGCCAACUCU